CAAUUUCCUUUAUAAUAAUGGAGGAAAAUAUGGGUGAGCAAUUGCAUCCCAAUUGGCGAGCCUUAUCUACCAUACAUAUUCCCAUUAAGCGUUUUAUAAGAGAAGGCAUAUAUGAAACACACCAAGGCACCCACAGUUCCACCAGCAAAGAAAGAUAUCAAAUUGAAGGAGUCAAUGGUGGUGAAAUUAAGGAAUUCUACGAGAGUUUAACGAAAACGGAAAAUAGACAUGUUAAAGAACCAAAAACGAAAGCAUCACCUUGCUACAGACCUAAUAGUGCCUCAAGGCUGUCACUGAGAGAGUCCUUCCAUAUAAACAAGUACCAACGCUAUGCAUUGGAAAAUAAUGUGGAAAAAUUAAGGCAAUUAAACUUUGAAGGACAAGAUGUUAAUGCAUGUGAUGCCUAUGGUUGGACAACGUUAAUGAUGGCUGCUUGUGAGGGCAAUGUGGAGGCUGUCAAAUAUUUAUUGCAACUGGGAGUGGACAGGGACAUUAAAGAUAAGGCAGGAAAUAUGGCCAAAGAUUUGGCUAGAAAAAAGGGUCACUUUCACAUCGAACAAAUAUUGGAAACUUUUUGGAGGCAUCUUGAUGGUAGUUCAACUAGUUCUGAUGAGGAGGGAAACCAGUUGGAACCUUUUUACUGCGAUAUUUGCAAAAGAACAUUUUCGGAAACGACUAGAAAAUGUCAUUUGUCUUCAACAGUGCAUCAAUUUAAUACAAAGUCUUCCCUGGGCGAUAAUAAAUUGCAAAAGUUUAAUAUAUCCACACGCAAUAAAGGCCUGCAGUUAAUGAUGAAACAAGGUUGGGACAGAGAAAGUGGCUUAGGACCUUCACAAAGUGGUCGUUUGUAUCCGGUUAAGACGGUAAUACGCAAACAACGUACUGGCUUGGGCAUAGAACAGGAACCCGCCAGAGUUACCCAUUUUCAGGCAUUCGAUAAGAAAGCGGUGCAACGUCAAAACUCGCAAUACUACAAAAAGAAACCACGCAAUCGCAAUGAUAUGCGCAGAGAAAAAGUCAGGGAAUGGAAGCGGGAAAAACGCUUGAGAAAUGAGCUAAAUUAA